CUUAGCAGACACCCUUACCCAGGGCUACUUACAGUUGUAUACAAAAAAAUACAUAUCAAGAAUUACAGCACAAUUAAGAGCAAGAUACAAAAUACAAUGACUUCAGUCCCAAUAAGAGCAAAUACAAAACACAGUACGAUUUGAUAUCGGGGCAGUUCAAGAGCGGAUAACAGUGUUGAUAGUUACAUCAGGGUUAGAUACGAGUGCAAAUACAAAAUACUACAGAUUGGCUUCAGGAUUAAAUGCAGUAAAAUAGGGAGCAGAUAAGUGCAAGUUAAAGUGCAUUGAAGGCAGAGUGCUAUGUUGUCCAGAAGGGAAGAGUUGAGUUUUACAGGUGUUGAUCUAGGAAUACAGGGUGAAUGGGGGCACUAAAUAUCCCUCUAAACUAUCGAGAUAUCUGAUCACUAGAUAAUUGUAAUGAGCAAUCUGUCUUCAAGAGCAGUAGUACCCGAAAUAUUAUUCAUUUACUAGCAAUGCAGAAGGGCGUUGUGCAGCAUUUGUUCUUCAUUUCACCUUACAAAACAGGAUUCUGCAAAGGUGACUGGAAACACUGAACCACCUUGAAUGUAAUUGUUGGAAAUUAUCUUAGUUUCUUUUUCAUAUCAAAAAUAAAAAUAAAAAGCAUUGUUUCAUUUCCUCAUGCAUUUCUGUUUUCUCUGCUCAAACCAUAUUUAUGUGUGCACAUGAUUUUAACGAGAAAGCAGUGGUACCCUGGAAUUAGUAGAAGACACCAGGGGUGUUUUUGCAAAAUGGGAAAAUGAGGAAAUACAAUAAUGUUGAGUGGCUGGUGGUAAACUGAGCUUGGUUUCAACAUAAUUUCUGUGACGUAUGUUUUGAGAAGCUACUGAAAGACACAAGCCAAUGUAAGGUUAUAAAAAGAUCUGUGUCUUGUUUCUCUUUAUCUAAGUUCAGUGGAAAUAGAGAGUGGCUUUGGGGUGGUUGAUAAGGAAAACCAACCAUUCAAAUAAAGAAAACUAUUAAUAAUAGUGUGAUGUGCAUGUUGGUCACAUUCAUUUAGUUCCUGUUUAGGAGAACUAUACCUAUUUUCAUUAGCAAAGUUUAAAGCUUUGAUGUUUAUCUGAACUCUGCACUGGGCGUACAAUGGCAAAACUUAAUGAAUGCAUUCCUUUUGGGCUCAUCUUGGUUGUUCCUUUAAUUGCUUAUGUUACUGCAGAAAAUAUAAGUGUGCCUGUAUAUGGAGCCCUGGGGGAGUCUGUGUAUCUGCACUUCAAUACGACCUUGAACAGCAGUGCUGAGGUGCAAUGGAAGCGGGGAGUCAAUCGCAUUGCUGUGUUUAAGAAUAACAGAACGGCCUUUGAUAAUCCUUAUAAAAACAGGACUGAGAUUUUUGCUAAUGGAACCCUCAGACUGGACAGAACUCAGAAAAAUGAUUCGGGAGAUUACUCUGUGGAAGUGUUUAAUACUGAUGGAACUAACAUAUUUAAGGGAAGCAUGCAGGUUUAUAUUCAAGUUACUGCAGAAAAUAUAAGUGUGCCUGUAUAUGGAGCCCUGGGGGAGUCUGUGUAUCUGCACUUAAAUACGAUCUUGAACAGCAGUGCUGAGGUGCAAUGGAAGCGGGGAGUCAAUCGCAUUGGUGUGAUUAAAAAUAGCAGAACUGUCUUCUAUGAUCCUUAUAUAAACAGGACUGGGAUUUUUGCUAAUGGAACCCUCAGACUGGACAGGACUCAGAAAAAUGAUUCAGGAGAUUACUCUGUGGAUGUGUUUAAUACUGAUGGAACUAACAUAUUUAAGGGAAGCAUGCAGUUUUAUAUUCACGUUACUGCAGAAAAUAUAAGUGUGCCUGUAUAUGGAGCCCUGGGGGAGUCUGUGUAUCUGCACUUCAAUACGACCUUGAACAGCAGUGUUGAGGUGCAAUGGAAUCGGCGAUUCAAUCGCAUUGCUGUGUUUAAGAAUAACAGAACGGCCUUUGAUAAUCCUUAUAAAAACAGGACUCAGAUUUUUGCUAAUGGAACCCUCAGACUGGACAGAACUCAGAAAAAUGAUUCGGGAGAUUACUCUGUGGAUGUGUUUAAUACUGAUGGAACUAACAUAUUUAAGGGAAGCAUGCAGGUUUAUAUUCAAGAGGCUGUCUCCCAGCCUGUGGUACACUCCACCUGUCUGUCCCAAGGGAAGGUGCUGCUGGUCUGCACAGUGGAUAAAGGGGAUAAUGUUUCAUUUAACUGGAGUUUAGAAGGAGUGCCGCUGAAUACCAGCCUUGCUUACUUUAGUGAUGAAGAACAUGUUGUAAUAUUGAAGAAGCAUGUCUCUGGUAAUCUUGUCUGCAUUGCUACAAACCAAGUCAGCACAAACCAGAGUGACUCUGUGAUAUCAAACUGCUCAGAGCCUGUCUCUAAGCCUGUGGUACACUCCAGCUGUCUGUCCCAUGGGGAGGUGCUGCUGGUCUGCACAGUGGAUAAAGGAGAUAAUGCUUCAUUUAACUGGAGUUUAGAUGGAGUGCCGCUGAAUACCAGCCUUGCUUAUUUCAGUGAUAAAGAACACAUUGUAAUAUUGAAGAAAAAUGUCACUGGAGAUCUUGUCUGCAUUGCUAAAAACCAAAUCAAUGAAGAGAAGAGUGAUUCUGUGAAGUCAAACUGCUCAAGUUCUGAACCCAAGAUGAAUCCAACAUCUACGCCCAAUCUAGAGACCCAGUUCCAUUGCACCCUGGAGAAUGGGACCCUUAUCAAAUUAUCUGGGGGCAAAGAAGGAGAGGCUUUUCAGUUCUUAAUCAAUAAGAGCAUGAUAAUAACAAACUAUACAAAUGGGUUUGCAUUUUGCAGUCUACAAACCUGCUCUUCAAAUUGCUCUGGCAAUUUAACCACAGAGCCUGGUGAUGCCAGUAAUGCAGAGGAUGCCGAUAUUCUUAAAUAUGUCCUUGGUGGAAGUGCUCUUCUUGUGAUCGUCAUGCUUUCAUUUACACUCUUGUGCAUGUGUAAGAAUAAAAAAAGGAAGGAGAAUGCCCAUUCGGUGAUUACACAAAACAGGAGUGAUGAGCAGCACGUUUCCCUAUCCACAAUGAUACCAGAGACUGCAAGCACAGCAAUCCAAGAUGACCAGGUUUAUACUCAGGUUGUUAAAAAAGGUGGAAAAAAGAAAUCCAAAUGCAAGCCUAAAGAGGACGGUGAGCUGGUUUACGCCCAGGUUGUUAUAAAAGAAGGCAAGAAGAAACCUAUUCAUGACGAAUCUGUGGUUUAUGAUGAAGUUAAGGGGAAAGACAAGAAUAAUCAACAACAGGAUGACAGCGUGGUUUAUGCUGCUAUUAACAAACGAAGAAAUAUAUAAUUGAAGGCAUUGUUUGAUAUAUAUAUAUAUAUAUAUAUAUAUAUAUAUAUAUAUAUAUAUAUAUAUAUAUAUAUAUAUAUGUGUGUAUCUGUAAGGUAUAAACCACGACAGGCUGUGCAGUUCUCAUGAAAUAUAUACACGCAUGGGUGGUGAUUUUUUUGUUUCUUAGUUCUUUGCAUAAUAAUUAAAACAUUGUGUUUUAAUGUUUUGAUAAGUCAGUUUUAACUUUCUUUGGCUUUAAGUUUAGGAGCUUCUAUUCAGUUCUAGUUGCUGUUUUGUUUUUACAUAUAAAGUUUGUAUCUAAAAUAUGCAAAGCAAUUGCAUUAGGUGUAUUAAUAAAGUUUUUUUUUAUUUUCAUUUUUCUUUUAUUUAAGCAGAUGUGUUUCCUAAUGUGUGUUGUAUACUUUUCUGGUAUUUUCUGAAGCUGAUUGCUGUAAAAUAAUACUCCAUUGCAGUCACACAUUUGUAAUUUAAACUUGGUUAUAUUAAACAUGGUUGACUAUGA